GUUCAUCAGAGAACACACACAGGAGAGAAGCCUUACAUCUGCUCUGACUGUGGAAAAUGCUUCACAACAUCAACUCAUCUAAAAGUUCAUCAGAGAACACACACAGGAGAGAAGCCUUAUUACUGCUCUGACUGUGGAAAAUGUUUUAAAACAUCAAAUGAGCUAAAAGUUCAUCAGACAACACACACAGGAGAGAAGCCUUUCUUCUGCCCUGACUGUGGAACUAGUUUCUCUCAACUGUCCCACUUAAAAUCACAUGAACGUAUACAUACAGGGGAGAAGCCAUACUCCUGCUCUGACUGUGGAAAAUGUUUUAAAACAUUAUAUGAGCUAAAAGUUCAUCAGAGAACACACACAGGAGAGAAGCCUUACGUCUGCUCUGACUGUGGAAAAUGCCUCACAACAUCAACUCAUCUAAAAGUUCAUCAGAGAACACACACAGGAGAGAAGCCUUAUUACUGCUCUGACUGUGGAAAAUGUUUUAAAACAUCAAAUGAGCUAAAAGUUCAUCAGACAACACACACAGGAGAGAAGCCUUAUUACUGCUCUGACUGUGGACAAUGUUUUAAAACAUCAACUCAGCUAAAGGUUCAUCAGAGAACUCACACAGGAGAGAAGCCUUUCUUCUGCUCUGACUGUGGGGUGAGUUUCUCUCAUCUGGGCACCUUAAAAACACACCAACUUAUACACACCGGAGAGAAGCCUUACGUCUGCUCUGACUGUGGAAAAUGCUUCAAAACAUCAACUGAGCUAAAAGUUCAUCAGAGAACACACACAGGAGAGAAGCCGUAUUACUGCUCUGACUGUGGAACUAGUUUCUCUAAAUUUUCCCACUUAAAAACACAUGAACGUAUACAUACAGGUGAAAAGCCUUUCUUCUGCUCUGACUGUGGGGCGAGUUUCUCUCAUCUGGGCACGUUAAAAACACACCAACGUAUACACACAGGAGAGAAGCCUUAUUCCUGCUCUGACUGUGGAAAAUGCUUCAAAACAUCAACUGAGCUAAAAGUUCAUCAGAGAACACACACAGGAGAGAAGCCGUAUUACUGCUCUGACUGUGGAACUAGUUUCUCUAAAUUUUCCCACUUAAAAACACAUGAACGUAUACACACAGGAGCGAAGCCUUAUUACUGCUCUGACUGUGGACAAUGUUUUAAAACAUCAACUCAGCUAAAGAUUCAUCAGAGAACACACACAGGAGAGAAGCCUUUCUUCUGCUCUGACUGUGGAACUAGUUUCUCUGAACUUUCCCACUUAAAAUCACAUGAACGUAUACAUACAAGGGAGAAGCCUUACUCCUGCUCUGACUGUGGAAAAUGUUUUAAAAAAUCAAAUGAGCUAAAAGUUCAUCAGAGAACACACACAGGAGAGAAGCCUUACGUCUGCUCUGACUGUAAAAAAUGCUUCACAACAUCAACUCAUCUAAAAGUUCAUGAGAGAACACACACAGGAGAGAAGCCUUAUUACUGCUCUGGCUGUGGAAAAUGUUUUAAAACAUCAAAUGAGCUAAAAGUUCAUCAGAGAACACACACAGGAGAGAAGCCUUACGUCUGCUCUGACUGUGUAAAAUGUUUUAAAACAUCAACUCAGCUAAAAGUUCAUCAGAGGACUCAUACAGGAGAGAAGCCUUUUUUCUGCUCUGACUGUGGGGCGAGUUUCUCUCAUCUGGGCACCUUAAAAUCACACCAACUUAUACACACAGGAGAGAAGCCUUAUGUCUGCUCUGACUGUGGAAAAUGCUUCAAAACAUCAACUGAGCUAAGAGUUCAUCAGAGAACACACACAGGAGAGAAGCCGUAUUACUGCUCUGACUGUGGAACUAGUUUCUCUAAAUUGUCCCACUUAAAAACACAUGAACGAAUA